UUGUGUUUGGUCGCUGCUGUGGUGCUGCUGUGCUGUCCGUGUACUGUGUGUGUGGUUGGUUGUAACGAGAACUACUUGAAAUUGGAUAAAACUGUUAAACUAUGUGGGGUACAGAAACACGGAGUACGGACAUGAAUAAUUAGCCGAUUUCCUCAAGCCCCGUUUCAGUUAUGAAACGUCGUCCAUUUUCGGCAGCAAUGUCAAGAACAAGUUGUCUUGUGUAACGUGACAGCACAGUACAGCAUGUCCAGUUAGAGCGGUACUGAUCCGCACUGAAGUAUGAGGACGCAAGUCGUGUUAAUCAUUUGAGGCAAGGACAUAAGCGUACAGUAGAAGAUGUUCAAGUUGUUGCAGACCCUGUUCAGACCACAGCUGGUGUUGAGGAGAUCCAACUCCAGCUAUGUGGAGAGAAUGAGGUACCUGAUGCAUCUGAAGGAGGAUGAUGCAGCGUGUCUGGAUGCUCUGAGUUCUGGUCGUCUGUUGCUGUACCACAGGCUGUCUCCUCUACUCAUCAAGACCCCCGCAGGCCUCUACCAGCUCCCUGACAUACACACCAGCGAUCUGGAAGGUGUUCUGGACAGGAUGGGGGAGAGUAGGGCACUACUGAAGGAAGCGCUUCUCAUUGGCUGCACUGAGAAGCACGAGGCCCAGUUCUCUCUGGAUGUCGGAUGUCUGGACCAAUCAGAGGUUGAGAAACAUUGUGGAGGUGCAUUCAUAGAACUGAGGAAGGCCUUCUUUCUGCUCACAGGCCCAGAGAUGCCUCUGGUGUCCAGGGGCCAGGCACUGUUGCGUUGGCACCAGACCCACGGCUACUGUAGUGCCAGCGGACACCCCACGUUCAGGAACCAGUCGGGCAGCCAGCGCAUCUGCCACACCAGCGGACAAACAUAUUACCCUAAGAUGUCGCCAGUGGUGAUUGCUCUGAUCUCGGACGGCAGCAGGUGUCUUCUGGGAAGACAGGCCACUUUCCCCCGCGGCAUGUACAGCGCACUCGCCGGAUUCUGCGACAUGGGUGAGACUAUAGAUGAGACUCUGAGGAGAGAGAUCGCGGAGGAGGUGGGACUGGAACUGGCGUCCUUGCGGGUGUCGGGAUCUCAGCACUGGCCCUUCCCCCAGAGCUCCUUCAUGGUGGCCUGCCACGCCCUUGUUGCCCCCGGCAACACUCAGGUGAAUGUGGACCAUGAGGAGUUGGAGGAUGCCCGCUGGUUCUCGCUGGGCGAGGUGCAGGAGGCUCUGAGUCUGAAGAAGCCCCCCCGCAACCCCCCCGGCCAGACGCCCACCUUCUGGCUGCCACCCCCAUACGCCAUCGCACACCAGCUGGUUAAAGAGUGGGUCCAGGAGCAGGCGGGACACUAGCGGAAUACACACACAGACAAAUACACAGAUACUGUACACACAGACACAGACAUAUACACACACACACACACACACUGCCCCAUCGCACAUUUGCUGUUCGACGUGUGGAUGCAGCAGUAGACAGAACACUAGCAGAACACACACACACACACGCACACACACACACAAAUGCACACACACACACACACACACACACACACACACACACACACACACAC